AUGUUGUUCCAAACCCUGGCCGAGUGGAAGGCUGGGUUGGCGGUGGCCGCGGAGCCGUACCGAGUCCUCGACAGACCAGAUUCGUUCGAGGACGAGGACGGCUCCGUGGCGAUUAUUGGCACCGCAGUACCGCCACACCCCGCCCCACUGGAACGGGGCCGUGGGUUCGUCGGCGUAAUGUGGGGUGAGAUAGCGGUGGUGGGGCUCUAUGCCCUGCCCAGAUGGCCUCUCGCGCAAUAUGAAGAGUAUCUGGACCGGGUGGGGGACUUUGUCUCCCGUUGUUCUCCCCGGCCAGUGCUAGUUCUCGGGGACUUUAAUGCCCAUGCGUCGCUCUGGGGCUCCCCGAGGACAGACGCGAGAGGCAGGGCGGUCGUAAAUUGGGCGGCGGGACUAGGACUCCACCUGCUCAAUGUGCGGUCCGUUAGCACCUGCGUGCGUGCCCAGGGGGAGUCUGUAGUCGAUCUGUCUUUCGCGACUCCCCUGGCCGCGCGUAUGGUGCAGAGAUGGAGGGAGGUGGAGGAAGCGAUCACACUUAGUGACCAUCUAAACAUCCGCCUCGACCUCUCCACCACCGCCCGCCGCUCCUGUGGACCACCACCGCUACGGUGGGCGCUGAAGAGGAUGGACGACGACGUGCUGAUGGCUGCAGCGCUCGCUCUGGCCUGGCUGCCAACACCUGCCGGGCCGGUCGCGGACAUUGGGGAGGAGGUAGAAUGGUUCCGGGGAGCCAUGAAGGCGGUGUGCGACGCUGCCAUGCCCCGGGCCAAGAACCUCCCCAGGCGGGCCGCCUACUGGUGGACGGGCGAAAUUGGUGUUCUGAGACGAGAUUGUCUCGCAGCCCGUCGCCAGUGGCAAAGGGCCCGCAGAAGAAGGACGUUCCGCGACCCAGCGAGGGAGGAGGAUCUGUAUGGGCAGUACCGAGUUUUGGAAACUGCCCUGCAGAUGCCCAUCAUGAAGUCUAAAUCCGGGGCAUGGCACCAGCUCCUAGGCUCUCUCCAGAAUGACCCAUGGGGUCGCCCAUACAAAAUGGUGAUGGACAAGCUUAGGCCCUGGGCGCCCCCGAUCACGGAGAGCCUCGACCCCCAGUUUUUGGGGCGGGUAGUCGACACUUUGUUCCCAUGA